AAGCACUUCCGGGGCACGGGGACACCCGGUGGUACCAGAGUCUGAGGAGCGCGGAGAGCGCCUGAAACAAAACGCACGAUUUGAGGAAUUGUACAAAUGGGUCUACUGUGUGUGCUUUGGACAUGGAAUCAGACACUAAUGACACGCCAGAGCGCUGGUACCCAGGUGAUCAGGUUCUUGCACCAUUUUCCAAAGACGGGAAGCUGUACGAGGCUACAGUGAAGACUAUAUCUACAGAUGAACACGGAAAAACUGUAGCAAUUGUAAAAUUCUCCAGCUUCAAUGAUGAAACUGUGCUAAUUAACACGCUUAGAAGGAGAAAAAAGAAGGAACCCUUCCAGGGUUCUAUAUUUGAUGAUGAGGAUCUGGAGAAGCCCUUUUUCCAUGACAAAAAGCCUCCAGGCCCUGCGGUUUCUUUGAAGUUAUCUGAGGAUGGUGUAUGUGUACCGUACACUAUUAACAGAUAUUUACGAGAUUACCAAAGAAAUGGAAUCAAGUUUUUGUACAAGCAUUACAUCAGUGGUAAAGGAUGCAUCCUUGGCGAUGAUAUGGGACUUGGAAAAACCAUACAGGUUAUUUCCUUUCUGGCAGCUGUACUUCAUAAAAGGGGGACCCGUGAGGAUAUUGAAAAUAACAUGCCAGAGUUUGUACUGAAGAGUAUGAAGAAGGAAUCAAGAGCCAUUCAUGACAAGAUUUUCCUAAUAGUUGCACCUUUGUCUGUAUUGUAUAACUGGAAGGAAGAGCUGGAAACCUGGGGAUAUUUUAGAGUCUAUAUUUUGCAUGGCAACAAAAAGGAUCAUGCUUUCAGAGGCAUUCGACGAAAGAAAUGCGAGAUUGCUUUGACAACCUAUGAAACACUCCGUCUCUGCUUGAACGACAUCAACAGCAUCGAGUGGUCUGCAGUGUUUGUAGAUGAAGCCCAUAAGAUAAAGAAUCCUAAAGCUCAAAUCACACAGGCAAUGAAGGCACUGAAAUGCAGGGUUCGAAUCGGGCUAACUGGUACAAUUUUACAGAACAACGUGGAGGAACUUUGGUGUGUUAUGGACUGGGCAGUAACAGGAUGCCUAGGCAACAGAAGCCGUUUUAAGGAAGAUUUUGGUAAUCCAAUUGAGUUUGGUCAGAGGCACACAGCAACGAAAAGAGAGCUGGCUAUGGGAAGAAAGGCCAUGCGAAAGUUGGCAAAACAAAUGUCCUAUUGGUUUUUGAGACGCACAAAGGCUAUUAUCAGUGACCAGCUACCAAAGAAAGAUGACCGGGUGGUAUACUGCUCUCUAACAGAGUUUCAGAAGAUGGUAUAUCAGGCAGUGCUGCAGACUGAGGACAUGAUGUUGGUGCUGCGUGGCUGGGAUCCAUGCGACUGCAACAGUGGCCGAAAAAGGAAAAGCUGCUGUUACAAGCAAAAUCAAUAUGGCAAUACAGUCCGACAAAUCUAUUUUAGUUAUUUGGCCUUGUUGCGGAAGGUAUCGAAUCAUGUAGCAUUGCUGCAGCCUGAUGAUAGCACAAGUAAGAUGCAGGCAUCUACUGUCAAAAGAGUCUGUGAACAAGUAUUUCACAAAUUCCCGGAGUUUGUUCAGCAGAGCAAACAAGCUGCUUUUGAGACCAUUUCUGAUCCUAAGUACAGUGGGAAAAUGAAGGUACUCCAGCUGCUUUUGGAGCACUUUAGAAGAAAUCAUGACAAAGUCCUUCUUUUCUCUCUCUCCACAAAGCUUCUGGAUGUGUUGGAGAAAUACUGCAUGGCAGCUGGGUUGGAUUAUCGUCGACUUGAUGGAGGAACUAAGAGCGAGGAAAGGGUCAGGAUAGUGAAGGAAUUCAACAGCACACAAGAUAUUAACAUUUGCUUGGUGUCCACAAUGGCUGGUGGCUUGGGGUUGAAUUUCGUUGGAGCAAAUAUUGUUGUGAUGUUUGACGCAACAUGGAAUCCAGCUAAUGACUUGCAGGCUAUUGACAGAGUUUAUCGGAUUGGUCAGUGCAGAGAUGUCAAAGUAUUUCGUUUAAUCUCAUUGGGUACUGUGGAAGAGAUUAUGUACCUACGUCAGGUCUAUAAACAACAACUGCACUGUGCGGUUGUCGGAAGUGAAAAUGCAAAGCGAUACUUCAGUGCAGUCCAAGGAUCAAAAGAGCACCCUGGUGAGCUGUUUGGCAUCCACAAUCUUUUCAGGUUUCGGACGGGGGGUGCCUGCUUGACACGGGAUAUUAUGAAGAGGGAAGGCCAAGUGGAAGCAGGAAUGAUGACAGCUGCUACACAAUUGAGAGAAGAACCUCCAGCGCCGAAGCUGGAAACGACCAUGGAUACAAGAAAUGAUGUGGAAGAAGAUAAUGGAGAAUUAAUAGUAGAAUUUGAAAAGGAAAACACAUCUGCUAUUGGACAACCAGCGCAGUUAUUUGACUUCAGCAGUGACAGUGAGACUGAACCUUCACUUGUUACAAAAUCAAAGAAUGAUAAAGGUAGGACCAAAGAAACCAGCAACAGUGCAGAUAUGAGAGGACAGCUCACGUUACUCCAGUGUGGGUUUUCCAAGCUCCUGGAGGGAAAAAUAGAUACUAGAGAGGAAUGCAGCGAAAAUGACUCCAGCUCAGACAAUGAAUCAUCUGACAGCCAGUGUGAAGAAGAAACUUCAAGCAAUGUUAUAGGUGCCCCACUUGCAAAGGCAGAUCACAGACUCAACUAUACCACAACUUCAGAGCCCCAGUCAGCUGCUCAUGGACACACACUGUGUGCGAAAGAAAAGGUUUGCCAAAACUGGAGCGAUUCCAGUGAUUCCGAGGCAGAUUUAAGAAGUGAACAUGAGCAUCCCGGUACUUCGGGGAACGCUGCAGUUGCCUUGGGAACUGACAGCAACACAGAAGAGAGUGAUGAUGUCAUCCUCCCUUCACAGGCGGCUGAACAAAAGAAAAAAACACUUGCCAAGAAGAAAACUGGGCGUGAUUUCCUGUCAGAAGAUUUAGAAAGUUCAGAUGAUACAAUACAAUACAAUACAAAAUUACAUUUGUAUAGCGCCUUUCAAGUCGGAAGGACGUCCCAAGGUGCUGGACAGUCAGGAAUUUCAGAUAAUGAAAAAUUCACCAGCAUUUCCAGUAAAAACAACACUUUGUUGCCCUGUAAACACUCAGGAUUUUCCAGGGCUAAAGCAGGUGUUCUAGACCAACAAUCCAUGUUGGCAAAGGGGAAACACUCAAGUGACACUCUGCAAAUCAUAGUUGAAGACAGCGUCAGUGAUGAAUCUGAUGACAUUGAAAUAUCAACAGAGAUGCCAGCUAAAAAGGUUAAUCAAUCUAAACACACAGCAGAGGAACACAGGAAAGGCUUUUGCAAUAAACCUCAACUCCUUCAAAAUACAGCCCACCACGACAGCAGUGAGGACUCUGAGAACAUUGGUGAAUUUACAUCAUCUGGAGAAGAUGUUCCCAUCAAAAGAACCCGGCUUAUUACUGAACAAAGCAGGGUUCAGUUUUGUCAUAAGCCAAGGCCAGAGAAAGUUGCUAAAGGUAAAGCAAAGCGGGUCAAGUUUAAAGAGGGGUCUCCUCAGCACAUUCGAGCAAACAGAAAAUGGAGUCAUGAGGAGCAGGCUGGAUCAAUGGACAAGUUAUUGGGUGAUGUUCAGGAAGUGGCUUUUGUUCAUUCAAAUCAACGUGUGAUUGGAUCCAGCAAAGCAGAAAAUCGAAUGAGUCGCACUGCACUGCGUGACGUGUUUGAAUUGAAUCGGUAUUCCCAGAUUCCUGCCAAUUUGAACACGAGCGAGACAUUUCAAGAAACUGAUGAUGUGCGUACCUCCCCUCAAAAAUCCUUCCAAAAACACCUGACCAGUGAGAGCCCAGCAUUACCCGGCCUCCUCUCAAUUGUGCAUCCAGUCACACAGACCAAGGAGAAGGCUCACCAAGUUAGAGCCACCACCUUCUUGAGUGGGAAAACACCUAAAGGGAUCUGUAGAAAACAGCUCUCUGAAAUGCCAGGGCACUUUAAAGUGGGCUCUUUGCAAGAAUUGCCAAAGCACAUUUUAAGCAGCGCCUCUACACAGCGGCUGACAAUGUUGAGUAAUUUUCACACAACCCGACAUCCAGAGUUGAAGGACGUCUUACCUGACAGACUUCCAGAAUCUGAACUUGAGGGUGAUUUCACAGUGCCAAGGUCACGGUUCAGCACAACCACAGGCUGUUCUACCAGUGAGGAUGCAAAUUCUUCUCUUAUUCAGGAAUUAUCAGGUGAAGAAACAAAUCAUUUUAGGAAACAACAUCUGCAGGAAAGAGCAGUAUGCUUUGAAAUGCAAAAUGAAAUCAAUUCAGAAAAGUAUGACUGUAAUUGCAGACCACACAAUGUAAAACGGAACAGAAGGUUUUCAAAGGAGCAUUCUCAUAAUUAUUGUACUAAAGAUAAUGGUAGUCAAUACUGUACAACCUCUGAAGUCUGUUCCAGUACUGCUCCCACAAAGAACAAACCACCAAAGAAGAGUGAGAAAAGCUCUAGGGAUUCUGUGAACCUUCAACACUCUUACAAAGAGACAGGGCUGUCAGAAAAAGGGUCAACCUGCAAAUCAGAUAACAAGCAAGGAAUAACAACACAGUGCAAAGCUGAUUCAGUCACAGAACUGCUCGGUGACACUUCAAUACUGGAUGAAUUGUUUGAAAGAAGGAAACCUACUGCUCUACAGCCAAAAAAGGUUUCUGGGCAUGCGCCGAAAGGCAAAACCAAAUCUAAAGAUUUUUGGGAUUUUCUCAACGAGGCUAGUGACGGGUAUGUCAGUGCACUGACAGAUUUAUCAGUGACAGAGAGAUUAUGUGAAAGUGCACCUUUGAACUCAAAAGAAAGGGAGAAAGGCUCCCUCUGGAAAAAGAAUGAGAAGUUUUUGUGGAAAAAAGAUGACCCAGAGAACGAUCCUGGUGCCACAACAUCCGGCACAUCUCAGCUGUGGAAGCAGAAUUCCUGAAUCCUGGAUAACAACCAAUGACAGAAGUUUUCAAGGCAAAUCAUUCUGAGCAGGCAGGAACCAUACAUUUAACUGAUUCAUAUAAGAUAACUGUAAAAAGAAUGUUUGCAUCAAGAUGUAUUCUGCUGUUUUUCCACAGCUAAACUUGAAUGGACCAAAAAAAGUUACUGGAGGAGCUUCAAUAAUGUUCAGUUGUAAAUACUGUAGACAUUGAAAGGCCCGAAUUUAUUUUCACUUCCAAAAAUUCUCUUCUCAUUCUUGGGACAGGACUGUUUUUAUCUGCUGAUUUUUGUUUAAGUAAAUAUAAAUGUACAGUUUUGAUUUUAUACAGUUAAAUUCUUUAUUGUAUUCUCAUUAGCUCAGUUUUAACCUCCACAUUAAUGCCCGCUUGUGCCUGUACCUGUCAUGAGAUGCUCAUUUAGGCCUUCAUCAAAUUCAGACUGAAAUAUUCUAAUCCUCUCCUCGUUGCACUCGACAGGUCUUCCCUGUGUAAGCUGUAGACCAUCCAAAGCUCUGUAGCACUUGCACUCUCCCGCAUUAUCUUCCCAUCACUUCCAUUCUCACUUGGUUCCACUGGUCCCAUCUCUGGCAGAUCAAAUUCAAGAUCCUUGUCCUCACUUUCAAAUCCCUCUGUGGUCUUGCCACAUCCUACCUGUGCGAUCCUACUACCCAGCUGUUCCCUCCUCUCAGUAAACACCAACCUGACCUAUCAACACUACCAUUGGAGGGGAAGAAUUAAGCUUGCUCUCUGGAACUCCUUCCUGGAGUCCUCCUUCCUCUCUACUGCUCUCUGGAACUCCUUCCUGGAGUCCCUCCGCCUCAACCUCUUCCUUGCUGUAUUCAAAACUCACCUGAAGACCUAUCUUUAGCCACCUCCCCCUCCUCCCCCAAAGCUGUUCUACCACUCAGGUUUCCAGUCAGCUUUGCGAAGUGUUGAAACAUCCUAAUGACAUUAAAGGUGCUAUAUAAAUGUAAAAUGUUGUUGUCGUAUUUAUUUUAAGCAUUUAAAUGUUACUUCCUGUUGCAUCCUUUUUUGAAGAAAUUAAAACUGUAGAAAGCUGAUAGUUUAGUAUGACACCACCACGCACACUCUAAUGUGCAGUCGAACAUGUACUUAUUUUUACUGAUAGUAUUCGUCAUGCCCAUGUAAAUGACAACAGAGCAGUUUUUAUGCACAUGCAUCAACAAAUG